GACAACAAACAAAUCAUGGCUGACGAAGAUGGAGUCGUUGUCGGCUCCUCCGAACUAAAGGAGGACAAUGCUGAGGCUGAUACCGCAGAGGUAGCCAGUGACGAUAGUACCAAGACCACAGACAAAGAUGUGCAAGAAACAGGGCAAGAAAAUGUGACUGAAAAAAAUGCAGAGGAAGACAUAAACACACAAGAUGAAAAACUACAAGAGAGUACUCCAAUAGUAGAACAAACAGACAACCAAGUUGUGGAAAGCAAUGAAGAUGGAGGAGCUCCAGAGAUUCCAGAAGAAGAUGUGGCACAAACUGAUGCCAGUAUUACAGAUCAACUGGAAUCCAAUAUGGAAGAAAUAACAGAAAAUGAAGUUAUUGAACAAAGUUUUGAUUACAAUGCAAUCACAGAAGAAGAGGACACACACCCAGAUAUUCAAAUAGCUAAUCAAGAGUUUGAUGAUGAAAUGCAACAUGGUGCAGAAGAUACACUUGCAAAUCGGGAAUUUCCUGAUGCCUAUUCAACACCCCCACCUCCAGCUAUUGAGGAAAUGGAAGAAAAUUAUGGCUUUCGUAAUAUACCUGAAGAAGAGGAGAACCAGAGCGAUCGUGGCUCAUCACCUGAAUAUCCUGUGUUUGAUAGAGCUCAGUUGCUCGAAAGAUACAAGGAGGUUUUUGAGGAACGUUCGCAGCUCCAAAACUUAAAUAACCAACUGCAACACAAGCUAGCUGAAUAUUUCAGGAAAAAGAAGACUGACGAGCGAGUUCAAGAAAUGGAGAAGAAUGUCACAGAUCAGGAGCAGAGAUAUCUUAAGUACAUCUCAAACUUGCAAGAGCUUCAAAGCGAAGAGAGAAGACAGCAGGAAGAGAUCAAAGCUCACAAAGAGGAGAUUAAACAGCGUUGUGUGGAAAAACAAGAUAAAGUGGAGCAGGCCAGCGAGGAAUUCGUGAAAUUCAAAUACGAAAUUGCAAAAUCUUCAAUUAACAGCAGAUCUGGUAAAGCAAUACCCCAAAAGGAUCUGGAGAUAUUUCAAGCAGUUGAGUUGAAAAAAGAACAAGAGGUUCGACAGGUCAGACUCGAAAAUAUCAAGCUUAAAAAUAAGCUUCGAAAGAAGGAGCAGCAACUCAAAGCAAAGGAGGAGCUUGCUGAAGGACUGCAUCUGAUUGACUUUGAGCAACUGAAAAUCGAGAACCAAACGUACAAUGAGAAGAUUGAGGAGCGGAACGAGGAAAUUUUGAAGCUGAGAAAGAAGAUAACUACCACGGUACAAGUUUUAACACAUCUGAAAGAAAAGCUGCAGUUCGUUCAGGGUGAAAAUACAGAGCAGAGGGCCAAACUGAAGAACAUCGAAGCAACAGUGGCUCAGAAACGAGACGUGCUUACACGCACAAAGCAAGUGCGCGAUGCCCUUCGCAUGGACAACUUGAAACUGAAGCAGAAGUGUGGCUUACUGGGCAACGAAUCACUGUUACGAGACUUCGAGCACAGAAAAGACGAGGGUGAUGAACUGGAACAGAGGCUGAAAGACCUGAAAACUGACCAUACUGGACUGAGCAUGAACUUAAACGGUGUUAAGAAAAAAAUCAGACAAUCAAGAGUAAAAAGUGCAUAAAUUGGUGAAUGUUUUCGCUUGUAAAAAUCAGAUCAUUGUGUAAAUAUUUUUCGGAACUUUAUUUGUUGUCAUUUUUAGAAAAUUAAGUAAGGAUUUUCAUUCAUAGAUCUGUGAAUUUCAAGAUA